AUGCCGUCCGACGAGGAUAGCCCCAACGCGUUGCUACUCUCCUGGGUAAAGGAGUGGUACGACGACGCCAGGGAAAAGAACACCAAGGGCGUCAAUACGUACAGGAAAGCUUACAACUCGUUGAAGAAAUGUCCCAAGGUCUUUCAACAUCCCUCAGAGCUGACGGAGCUGCAGUUCUUUGGCCAGACCCUUACCAGGAGGCUCACGGAAAAGCUUGAGAACUAUUGCAGAGAAAAUGGCCUGCCGAUGCCCCAACGCCCGUCAAAGUCUAGAAAGCGCAAAGGCGCAGGAACUGGACAAGGGGGUGAGGACAACGACGAGGAAGAGGAAGAGCCCGCACCGGCUCCCAAGAAACCCCGCAAGACUAAACAGUAUGUGCCUGCAUUCCGGUCUGGCGCAUAUGCCAUCAUCGUCGCAUUAUCCAGCAUCCCGGAGAAUGGACCAGAGGGCAUGUCAAAGUUGGACCUGAUCGACAAGGCCCAGCCACAUUGCAACUCUUCUUUCACGGCCAUGGAGCCUGGAAAAUUCUACACGGCCUGGAGUUCUAUAAAAACCUUGACCUCGAAAGAACUCGUAUACGAGCGGGGGAGACCUGCCAAAAGGUACGCCCUGACCGAAGAGGGUCGGGAUGUCGCGAGAAGGAUUCAAGAGGUAAACGCGAACAACGUCGGCGACACCAAAGAGAGGACGAAUGAUUCUGCUCAUAACUCGACUGAACCUCGACCUCAAGUGGCGUCACUGGCUAUCGAUGACGAUCUUGACCAAGGAACCGGCGACUUUCCUGUCCAGGGGAGACCGGAUGUUGGCAAUGUAGUUCCUGACGGUCCCGUCCUCUCGGAAAACUCCUCAAUGCCGCCCUUCACUACAAUCAGGCUGAAUCCCGGCUCCUUCACGGUCCACCUGGUGCUGGAUGUGCGAGAGAUCCGGGCGAAAACAGACAGAGACUACAUGCAAGAAGAACUGAAGAAGAAGGGCGUCAGGCCCAUAAUGCGUAGCCUGGAGUUGGGAGACGCCCAGUGGGUAGCAAAAUGCCAUGACCCCGAGGUCCUCCGCCGAGGCGGCGCCGAAGGCGACGAAGUUGUGCUCGACUACAUCGUGGAGCGGAAGCGACUGGACGAUCUGAUUGGGAGCAUAAAGGAUGGCCGGUUCCGCGAGCAGAAGUUCCGCCUGAAGAGGUCUGGAGUUCGACACGUCACCUACAUCGUGGAGGAGAUCUCUCUGGACCGGGAACACUUCUCCAAAUAUGAGGAAAGCGUGCAGACCGCGAUCGCGUCGACGCAGGUGGUUAAUGGCUUCACUGUGAAGAAGACGCAGAACAUGGACGAUACUAUCCGCUACCUCGCAAGGAUGACGGAGUUGCUAAAGAAGAGAUACGAGAGCCAGCCUCUGCGGGUGAUACCCACCACGGUCAUCACAGGAAACAACUACCUCCCUCUCUUGAAACAUCUGAGGGAGACGCAACCGGGGACAGAUUAUUACAUCAGCUACGACGCCUUUGCCUCGUUGGCGUCCAAGUCUGGCUCGCUGACCCUAAGAGACCUCUUCCUGAAGAUGCUCAUGUGCACACGAGGGAUCACAGGAGAGAAGGCGAUGCAAAUACAGAAGAUUUGGAAGACGCCCAACGAAUUCGUCAAGGCAUAUGAGCAGUGCGGUGCUGGGGAAGCCGGCAAGAAGAGGAAGCAGGAGUUGGUAUUCAGCAGGUUAGGGAACCACGCAGUCAGGAACCUGCAGAUUGGCAAGGCGCUGAGUACCAAAGUGGCCGAGGUCUGGGCCGAGCUUUGA